CCGCGACUCUUGUCUUUGAUCUGUACCCCUAACAAUUGACAGGAAGCUGUAUACAUGGGACCGAGCUCUCAUCUCGCUUUUCCAUUGCAAAACCACCCGUCUAGCAAGAAAGCUUGACCCAGCUUAAGAGAUUCAACGGGAGCCAUGUCUUCCAGUUCGAGACCACCAGACUCGGCUUCCGCACCACCAGUGGCCAUCCCACGGCCGCAGGCAAACACCAUCCUGACUUCGUUUACAACAUUCCUCACGCUCACGAUACAUACGAUACUGUACUACAGGCGCCUCUACCCGCAACAGACCUUUCUCAUGACCAAGGCCCAUAACCUGCCAGUACCCCAAUCCCGGCACCCAGCCCUCUGCGAAUGGAUCAACUCGGCUCUUGCUGCGAUACAGGAUCAGCUUGCACUCGGCAGCGUCUCCAAAGUCUGUGUUGUCAUCCACGCAGCAGAGACAAUGUCUGUCGUUGAGAGAUGGGUCUUUGAUGUCACCAACUUCCCCGUCUGGGCUACGGGCAAGGGCAAGGAGAGGCUUGGCCAGGCCCAGAGGUUUCAGCGACGGGAGGAAGACGACGAUGACGGCUCGGUGAAUUGGGUUGAUGUGAACGAGGCGUAUAGAGGAGCCCUCAGGCGUUUGGCCUACGCUGCCGAGAUGAAGGGGCCAUUGCCAGAGGGAUGUACCUUUACCAUGGCUGUUGAGCUGCGAGACGAAGCGCCCGCGCCGAUAGGGCACCCUCAACCUUGGAUUCCUUCUGAACCCGCGCUUCAGCCCGCCUCAAAGAUGAACCCGGUACCAGGCCCAAUUAUCGGAGGCGCCUCUACCACACCACUUCGCUCCGUCGAAGCUGGUCCACUCUUCUUCGAGUGUUGGAUCGAAGAAAGCAGACCUCCAACUUCGCCACCUUCUACUCAAGACUCCUACUUUUCAUGAAGAUAUGACCACUUCGUUUUCUUUCCCGAUGCGUACUUAGUGAAAGUCAACAUCGAUGCAGUAACACUGGAUCAACGAUAUCAAGUUUGCCGCCCUCUCUUGAAGUAUCACGGGCCGCCAAAAAUCGCAACUCGAAUCUGCAGCCAAUUGUAGCGAAUGACAGUUCAGAACAUGCUUGGAGACACCGAAAGCCCCUCAAAACUGACAG